UACCUUUGUCGUCAGGUGGAGCGCCCGUCUAGGAAGCGGCGCGACUCCUUCGGUAUGCUGGACGGUUUGGAGGAGGACCGGAGCAGCUGCAGCACCGAGUCCAGCGGGGGAAGCGGAGCCUCCAGCCCCGAGGACAGCGACGAAGAGGAGCUGGGAGGAGGAGGAGGAGGAGGAGGGUUGACACAACUCACCCCCUCCUCCUCCUCCUCCCUGACGCUCAUCAAGACCAACGGGCAGCUGUACACCUACCCUGAUGGAAAGGCCGGCAUGGCGACCUGUGAGAUGUGUGGUAUGGUGGGUGUCAGAGAUGCUUUCUACAGUAAAACCAAACGUUUCUGCAGCGUCUCCUGCUCUAGAAGUUACUCCUCCAACUCCAAGAAGGCCAGCAUCCUCGCCAGACUGCAGGGGAAGCCACCCACUAAGAAGGCCAAGGUUCUGCAGAAACAGCCUCUGAUGACCAAACUAGCUGCCUACGCUCAGCAGCAGGCCAACCAGCAGAGUGGUGUCAAGAAAAGCGUUUGUUGUGUGUUUGCUGCAGUAACUGUGGAGGUGUUUGACUGGGGUCGUUACCUUGGAGACGGAGAUGUGAUGGGAGCACCGGUCAGCUGCUUCAAACAUGUCUCGAUGGGAAAGUCGUGGGGCGAUGUCAGCGAAGGCGUACGAGUCGAAGUCCCAAACACUGACAGCGGUCUGCCCAUGAAGGUUUACUGGAUUGCUGGCAUCAUCAAACUGGCUGGUUUUAAGGCCUUGCUGAGGUACGAGGGCUUCGACAGCGACUCCACCAGAGACUUCUGGUUGAACCUCUGUGUGCCAGACAUCCACCCGGUCGGCUGGUGCGCUGCUGGAGGAAAACCUCUGGUCCCCCCUCAGAGUCCAGGACAGUAUGCAGGUCCCGUUUAAGAAGCAGAUGAGGGUGGAGGUGGUGGAUAAAACUCACCUGUGUCGCACUCGGGUGGCUCUGGUUGAACAGGUGAUCGGUGGUCGGCUCCGUCUGGUGUACGAGGAGUGUGAAGACGGGACGGACGACUUCUGGUGUCACAUGUACAGUCCUCUGAUCCACAGCAUCGGCUGGUCCCGAUCUAUCGGACACCGCUUCAAACGAUCUGAUGUGUCAAAGAAGCUGGGCGGUCUGAUGGAUGCUCCUGGGCAGCUGUUUGCCAAGGUGAAGGAGGUGGAUCAGAGCGGCCCCUGGUUUGAAGAUGGGAUGAAGCUGGAAGCCAUCGACCCUCUGAACCUGUCUGCCAUCUGCGUGGCCACAGUCAGGAAGGUCCUGGCAGACGGGUACCUGAUGAUCGGUAUCGACGGCUCGGAGGCGGCCGACGGUUCAGACUGGUUCUGUUAUCACUCCACCUCUCCCUCCAUCUUCCCCUCUGGCUUCUGUGAGAUCAACAGCAUCGAGCUGACCCCCCCCAGAGGUUACACCAACCUUCCCUUCAGAUGGUUUGAGUAUCUGAAGGAGACCAAGUCUGUGGCUGCUCCCGUCAACCUCUUCAACAAGGACGUCCCUAACCACGGUUUCCGUCCCGGCAUGAAGCUAGAGGCCGUGGACCUCAUGGAGCCCAGGCUGGUCUGCGUCGCCACGGUGACCCGCAUCGUCCACAGGUUGCUACGGAUACACUUUGACGGCUGGGAGGACGAGUACGAUCAGUGGGUGGACUGCGAGUCGCCUGACCUGUACCCGGUUGGCUGGUGUCAGCUGACCGGGUAUCAGCUGCAGCCUCCUGCUGUCAACGCAGGCUCCAGAGAACUGCAGUCAGCAGCAUCCAAACAGAGGAAGAAAUCCCAGCAGUACAAAGGACAGAAGAAGAAGAGGAAGUUGGCCAUCACUAAGCGACCCGUCAGCCUCUCCGGCGUCGUGGUAACCGGCGUCCCCAGGAGCCUAUCGGGAGACGAGAACGAGACUCCGCCCGAUUACCCAUCACCCCCUACUCCUGCCUCAGCGGCCCAGCCCCCCUCCGCUGACCCCGAGAGCAGCCCGAACACGGAGGGGGGGGCAGCUUCACAGAUUAAAGAAGAGAACCUGGAAGGAACUGAAUUAUCUUCUGAACGGACUGAAACAGAAACCAACGGAUCAUCUGGAGAAUUCUUCACCAGCAAGGACCAGUAGGCGUCAUCCAUUGUUCUCUUCCUUCAUCCAUCUCUUGCAAUACUCAUGAAAUCAUCUACUGUGAUAAGAUCAGGUUUUUAUUUUUAUCUUUUGGACACACUAAAUGAUGCAUUACGCUUCAGUCCAAAACCCUUUUUUUAUCCUCUGUGAACACGACUGCUGACCUUCCUCCACCUCAACAUCCACAGUGUUUACUCCUCAGUCUAUCUCUUGGUGCCCGGUCAGACCAGAGACUCAUUAUAUUGAAUACAAAAAUUAAGUAUUUAGCCAAUUUUCCCCACAUUUUUUUUAUUGAAAUUACUUUUCAAGUAAAUAAAAUGUGAUUCUAGCUAUGACGCUGCAUGUAUGAGUAAAUGCGAAGCUCAUUGGCGAUACUGUAGCUAGCUACAGUAGCCCAUCAAGCUAUCUAGCUGCCAACUGCCAGUUAGGAAGCUGGCUAGCUCUACAAUCUAGAUGCUUUAGCAGCAACCAAAAGCUUGAAGCUGAAGUUGGUUUGUCAAAUAUUUUGAUUCGAGCCUAGUGGACAUUGGAACGGUCAAUUGUUGUUGAAGUUUCACUCAAAUGAUGACAUGAUCUGUUAAUUACAGUCAAUUGUUUUACUGAAGGUGUUUUGUCUUCUCAUUAUUAUUCUCAGAAUUUAACGUUAUCGUUGCUUUUUGUUCUAAAAGUCUGUUUGAACAUGCUACCAUUAGCCAGCCACGGUAGGCUACCAAGUUAGCUAGUUUGUCAACUGCCAAUAAAGACGAUAGCUAGCUCGUUGCUAACAGGAUUAAAACUAAACACUGUUUAUUCAAGAGAUUUAUUAUUUAUGAGCCAAUCCCUGUCAUUUCUUUUUAAAGAAAUUGAGGUCAUGCUGGUCUGACCGGGUCCUUACUUUUCAUGUCCAAAACUCCCUCAUCUCCCUUUUUUGACUUAACCAAGAACAAAAUACCAGUUUGACAGUGUGGGAAAAUGUUUAACUACACACUCUGUUAGACUCUUCUGACUGAGCAACAAGGGCAAAAAAGACCAGAAUAAAAGAAGAAGAGGAAGGAGAACAGAUACGCCAAACAGCAGCGUUAAUCAUCUUUGGUUCCUCGGAGGAAAAAAAGGAAUCGACAGGAAAAAAAAAAAACAUGAGAAACUUUUUUAUGAAGAUUUUUUUAACGCCAAGAUCUUUGUUGUUUGUACGUGUUCACGUGGUGUGUUCAAGGGUCAAAACUCUUGACGUAAUAAUAAUAAUACUGGAUGCUGUGUAAUGUCAUGUUGAGAUUAGCAGUCAUUUAAAAAUGUUGUAUGAGUGUUAAUGUGUGUGUGAGUGCUGCGGUUUGGAUUCUGGAAACAAGAACCCCGUUAGAGCCACGGCAGUUAAUUGGUUUUGUUUUUUGAACCACUGCUGGCAGUUUGCGUUGUUACAGAGUCAGUUAGAAAUGCUUUCAAACAAUGAGAUAAUCUAUUAGCUGCAGUAUAUUGUUCCGAUGUAUUGAGCAUCAGUUUGUUGGAAAGUUUAAAACCAGCCAAAUGUGAGUGAAGUUUGGAUGAAAAUACGUCCUCCUCGUCGGCAAAGAAACACACUUUUUGUUGUAAACAUCUGUUAGCUACAGGGUUCUGUCAGAGCAACUGCAGUUAAUCAAUGUCCAAACAAUCGCAAUGACUAAUGAUUAAUGUAGGUUGUUUAAAAUGUUCAGUACUGGUUUGAUUCAAUAUUUGAGUUUCAGGACCGCCAAAAGCCAAAAAAGUCUAAUUAGUACAAAAUGUAAGAGUAAUAAAACAGUUAUUUUACCUAAGAUUGGUUCUUAGUGAUGCAGUGACUCCUCUCAUGGCUAGUCUGUGAGUUACUUUAGUUGGAGUCAUUCCAUUUUUCCAAAAAAAAAACAAUUGUCUGAAAAAUGUAAAAAAGUACUUUUGAUGCCUAAACUGCCACCGUUUAACCACGUGUUUAUUAUUGUUACCAUGAUGAUGGAACACAUCCAAAUUCACAAAGAUCUUCUGGGCAAAAACCUCCAGGGAGUGUUUGUAUUUCUGGAAAAUACUUUGGAGAAAGGGCUGCUUGUUUUCAGACAACAGGCUGUCAGACAAAUUGAAAAUGAAGAAGGGAAGAAAAGCUCUCCAAGCUAGCUUUAAAGCUAACUGUGAGUUAGCAAGCUUGUUAGCUCAGUUGCUAAUAAGUUCACAGGUUAUUAAAGUGAUAUAUCUGUAGCAUUUGGCUCCUAAAUCAUGUCUCUAUUGUACAACCUUUAACAUUUGACAACAUUGGCUUCUUUUUUUUAAUGAAAACAAAAAACGUCCCCUCGGUACUGAAACUCUGGUAUUGAACAACCAGCUCUAAUAUUUAACAUUAUUUGAUAUUCAGAAAGAACUGAUGACCAAUAUAGUGUCACAGAUCAGUAAUAAUUAAUAAAUGAAGACAGAUACUCAAUUUCUUUGUAAAUUAUUAUUGUUUUUAUUAUUAUUAUUGUGGCGGCUGCAGUGUGAGAGUCUACAGAUUCUGGCUUCUUCUGAUUUUUACUCCCUGUUUUAUUUUAAAAAUAUCUCACUGAAAGUUGUACUGGGAUGUUUCCAGUAGUCACCAGUGUGUUUAUACUGGGCAGCUCUAUGGUCCCAUGUGUGGAACUUAUAAAUGUGAAGCAGGGUGUUGAUGAAGAAACUUCCCUCGAUAAAUAAAAGUUAAUUGUAGUUUAGCAACUAACAGUAAUUAUGUCUUGACGUGAAAACUAUUGAUACCUCACAAAAAGUUUAUUAAUGAUUAAAAAAAUCUAUUAAAGGUUGGAAAAACAAAAUGCUAUAAUAUGGUAUAAUAGAGAUUAUUUAAAAAACGCUGGAGUAUAUUUGAUUGUAAAAGAUUCUAGUAAUAAUUAUCAUCAGAUUAUUAAACUGUUCUAAAAAAUAGACUUUAUUGAUCCCACGCCAUAUUAAAUAUGGUAGAUUUAAGUCAUUUAUCAUAUACAGGAGGGCAUUGCAUUCACCAAAGUUAUUUCGUAUUUAUGACCAUAAUUACUUCAAACUUUGGGAUGGGAAUUGAUAAGAUUGUAUUGAUCCUAGUGUCAUUGUUGAUUCUUUAUCGAUUCCCUUAUUGAUUCCUGCAUACACAAGUUUUCAGUAUCAACGCCCGCAACAGUUUUAUUGUCUUCAAAUCGGAACAAAGUGUAGAAACAGAGUAAGAAAACGCUUUGUUUGCUGAAGGAAUUGAUUAGUUCGGAGGUGUACGAUUCCAAUGGAUCAGGCGAUUUGGAACCGGUUCUCGAUUCCCAUCCUUAUUCUCAGCUGAGUUCAGAUUAAACGGUAGCAUGCUAACGGUAGCAGACUCAUUACAGUCCUCCUAACAUAUCAGCAUGCUACUGUGCUAAAGUUAGCACAUUAUGGAGACUAAGGAGAGGAUUUUAGAAAUGCUAAGUAAAAAGUAACUUUGGAAACAAUAAAAUAUAUACAAAAUAUAUAAAAAUGGACAAAUUAACAAUUAAGUUAACAUUAGUGUACAAAAGUAAAAUAUAUAUGGACUAAAUUAUCUAUAGUCUGCCUGGAAAUGUAAUAAUAAGCAGCAACAAAACAUUCCCAUUCCCAGUUGAGUUCAGAUUAAGGAUUAGCAUGUUGUUAUGUUAGCAUGCUAACGUGCUAAAGUUAGCACAUUAUGAAGCAUUUCAGAAAAGAGAUGAAACCACCGCCUCUGUAUGUCGGGACGGCCAAACUGAAAAAAGAAAAAGAUGCCUUAGAACGUGUGUUUCUGUGAACGCGACUGAACAAAGACUUGAGGGAAAGUGUCGGAUUACGUUUGCUGGUGUCGACAGUAACGGCUCAACAAUGUCGGCGCCACUUGAUUUAAACCUUUUCUAUUUGUGAUGUUGAGUGUUAGUUUUGUCUGUGUAAAUCUGAACACGUCAGGAGUUUGUAGCCACAAUAAGACGGCAGUAAUGUCCUUUAUAAAUGUCAUGAGUGAUUUUUUUUUAUGUGUGCAUUUGAUUCAAGCUCCAGCCCUUUUUUGUGUCUCUGGAUGCAGUUAUAAUGACCACGACCCAAAUCUCUCCAUUAUUAUCCCUGAUGUGAUCAGAAGGAGGUCCCCAACUAUUUAUAAUAUUCAGUAAAUGUGGCUGGUUGACAGUCCAGCUACAUUAGACCGCACAACUACAGAGUAAACGACAAUCUAUUCUAAUUAGUCGUGUUAAUUUUGUCAAUGAAAAACUGACAGAAAAUUAGAAAACCUAAAUAAAAAGUAACUGUAAAGCUUAAAAAUGUUAUUGAACAAAAACAAAUGAACGUUAACAAUUAAAUUAACAUUAGUUAACAAAACUAAAAGAUUUAUGGACAAAAUCAUAGUCCGACCGGAAAUUAUUCAACAAACAGCAACAGAACUGCUGGGAUAAAACAUGAAAUUAUAAAAAGGUAACGUUUUAAAAAAGUCAGGUUUUUUUAGCCUUUGCACAUCAAGUCCACAUUUUUCUAAGGUAUUUUUUUUUUAAACCUUAAUUCAAUUAAAUAUGUUACACAUAGAAACCUUCCACACUGAAUCCGAUGAUUUGUUAAAUUAGAUUUUGAAAUCCACAAUACAAGACGGAGCCGUGAGGAUAAUUUUUGUCUCACUAGUAGAAAAAGAAAACAGGAAUAUCGGGUUCAAGUUGUCAAACGAGGAGAGUUUGACCUGCUUUGAAAAAGUUUCAUCCAUCAAUAAAGUUUUCAGGAGUGGGUGUGUAAAUAUAAUUGGUUCAAUGUGAGGUCGUAUUUAUUUUUUAACAUUUGACAAUUUGAGACAAAGAACAAUGGACUUGGUGUGCAAAAUAUGGAAGCCCAUUUCUGCCAAUGUGAUAGGGGAAAAAGAUUCUGUAAGUCAUUA